AUACCAUAGAACAGUGUCUGUAGUAAGUUGUACAGUUACUAUUGUGACAGUAACAAGAUGCCUUCCUAUACUAUCACGGUGACUACAGGCAGUCAGUGGUUUGCUGGCACAGAUGAUUAUAUCUAUAUUACUCUUGUUGGAACUAAAGGCUGCACUGAAAAGCACUUGCUUGACAAACCAUUCUACAAUGAUUUUGAAAGAGGGGCGAUUGAUUCCUAUGAUGUUACAGUAUCAGAAGAUCUUGGAGAAAUCCAACUGAUUAAAAUUGAAAAGCAUAAAUAUUGGUAUAAAGAUGACUGGUAUUGUCGACACAUCACAGUAAAGACCCCAGGAGGAGAUUAUUUGGAGUUCCCUUGUUACAGGUGGAUCAACACUGAUAAAGAAAUUGUUCUUCGUGAAGGAACAGCAAAGUUGGCCACACAGGAUGUAACACAAAUUCACAAGCAACACAGAAGGAAGGAAUUGGAGGACAGACAAAAACAGUACAGAUGGAAGGAGUGGCAUCCUGGCUUCCCACUGAGUAUCGACGCCCAUUGCCACAGUGAUUUGCCUCAUGACAUACAGUUUGACAGUGAAAAAGGGGUUGAUUUUAUUUUGAACUACACAAAAGCGAUGGAAAACCUCUUUGUCAACAGUUUUAUGCAUAUGUUCCAGUCCUCGUGGAGUGACUUUGCUGAUUUUGAAAGGAUCUUUGUCAGAAUUAGUAAUACAAUAUCAGAAUAUGUAAUGCAGCAUUGGCAAGAAGACUUCAUGUUUGGAUACCAGUUUCUUAAUGGCUGCAACCCAGUUUUGAUCAGAAAAUGCCAAAAAAUACCAGAAAACUUCCCAGUAACACACAACAUGGUGGAAUGCAGCCUUGAGCGGAAUCUUACACUUGAGAAGGAAUUGGAGCUAGGUAAUAUCUUCAUUGUUGAUUUCAAACUUCUUGAUGGUGUGUCUGCAAACAAAACAGAUCCGUGUACCAUCCAAUACCUUGCUGCACCCAUCUGUUUGUUGUACAAGAACCUUGAGAACAAGAUUGUCCCGAUUGCUAUCCAGCUCAACCAAAAACCUGGACCUGAAAAUCCAAUAUAUUUGCCAUCAGAUUCGAAGGAUGACUGGCUAUUAGCUAAAAUAUGGGUCCGGUCUUCAGAUUUCCAUAUUCAUCAAACAAUUACCCAUCUCCUAAGGACACAUCUCCUAUCAGAAGUUUUUGCAAUUGCUAUGUAUCGGCAACUCCCUGCUGUGCAUCCUAUAUUCAAGCUUCUGAUACCACAUGUGAGAUUCACCAUAGCAAUCAACACAAAGGCACGAGAGCAGCUCAUUUGUGAAUGUGGACUAUUUGAUAAGGCCAAUGCCACAGGAGGAGGAGGACAUGUUGAGCUGCUGAUAAGAGCCAUGAAGGACUUUACCUAUAAGUCUAUUUGCUUUCCCGAGGCAAUAAAGUUGAGGGGCAUGGACAACAAGGAAGAUAUUCCAUAUUAUUUCUACAGAGAUGAUGGAAUGAAGGUUUGGCAAGCAAUACUUAACUUUGUGGGAGAUGUUGUGGACAUUUAUUAUGAAAGUGACGAGGCUGUGUGCAAAGAUAGUGAGCUCCAAGCCUUCGUGAAAGACGUUUUUGUGUAUGGACUUCGGGACAAUGAAGCUUCUGGAUUUCCCAAAACCAUCAAUACCAAAGAAAACUUAGUGGAAUAUCUCACCCUUGUCAUUUUCACUGCUUCUGGGCAGCAUGCUGCUGUCAAUUUUGGUCAGUAUGAUUGGUGUUCUUGGAUCCCCAAUUCUCCUCCCACUAUGCGCUGUCCCCCACCCACCGAGAAGGGGGUAGUUACAAUACAAUAUAUUAUUGAAAGCUUACCGGAUAGAGGUCGAUCAUGUUGGCAUCUUGGAGCUGUGUGGGCGUUGAGUCAGUUCCAAGAUAAUGAAUUAUUUCUAGGACUUUACCCUGAUGAGCAUUUUGUCGAAAAAUCAGUAAAGGAAGCGAUGGCAAAGUUCAGGAAGAACCUUGAAGAGAUCAGCAGUUUCAUCCAGAACCGAAACAAGAACAAGAAGCUGCCAUAUUACUACUUGUCUCCAGACAGGAUCCCAAACAGCGUGGCUGUUUAAAUUCAAUGAUUUUUGCAUGAACAGAUGUAACCAUGGCUACAUAUUGUCUGUACAGACUUGGACAAGUUGACUAAAAAGUGCAAAAAGAUAUCAAUUCAGAAAAAGUUUAGUUUUCUUUGCUUUAACUACAUUAUCUAUGCAAUAUAGUUGAGCAUAAUGUAAGUAACGUCAGUUUUAUACAGCCCUCUGGGAAACAGAACACAUGCCACGUGCUGGUUAUAGAAAAAGAAUGUAAAAUAUAUCUUUGAUUUAUAGUACACUGCUUGUGGUCCCUGUCCCUAGUACUGCAUUGUCACAAUGAAACCAGUGGCCACAUGGGUCUGGAACACACUGCACUGACGUCUUGCAGUUACUGCUGCCUGGCCUUGUCAGAGCACACUGGGCAACAGUCACUUGUUAUCAUGGCAUUCUCCCAGCUCCGCUCUCUCCGAGAAACAGGAAAACAAGGCAUGCUCUCUCACAUCUAUUAUUCAAUAUUUCUAAUUAAUUACAAUAAUGCAACUACAUCAUUUAAAUAAAAAAAUACCAAGAAUUCUGUAAUAAAACUUGAAAACUAUCUUACUUUCA